AAUGUAUUGAAGACGUAAACAUUUAUUGAAAUAACGUGAGUUGAUAAAACAACCUGUCAACAGGUCAUCAGUAAUCAUAAAAUGUCGUCUUGCUUUAUUAGUUUUUAGAUAUUUAGUGUUUUGGAGUAGGACUGAAUUGUGUAGUACAAUCUUCAAAGCAGAGGUGAAACUCCAUGUCCAGACCUGUGUUGAUUAGGAAUUGAUGAUCAAUAAUGUAUUAAAAAAAAGCAAAUUGAGAUUAAUUGACGAAUAAGGCGAUUUCUUUGAUGUUUCAUCUUAAAAUAUGCGUAGCUAAAUGACCUUAUAAAUUUGUAUCCUUUUAAAGGCGGUCAGAAAGAAUAUCGCUGGAAAAUCUUCAAAGAAGAGCUGAGGAAAUUGAUUCAGUCCGUGUGCAGACCUGUGUUGAAUAGGUAUCGUAGGGAAAUCUAGAGAAGCCAAUUAAUUUGUCGGUUCUCUGUGAUGUUUUAUCUUAUAACUGUAAAUAUACAUAUCUAUAUGAUAUAAUUUUUCAUUAUAUUGAAGGUUGGUCAGACUGAAUAUCGCGGCAAAAUCAUCACCGCUGAGUUGAAUAAAUUAUUCAAUGCAGUAUAGUUCCAAUGAUGAGGCGUCUCGCUGACUGCCGAACAUCGUGUUGACUUUUUCUUUUUGGUUUGGCGCCCGUUUCGUGUGGAGUCUCGACGCCGGCUCCCCCUGUUAUCCGCAAUCCGCGUAUGAAUCGGAAGGAAAGCGAAACCGAGAAGGGCGACCGGUGUCCAGCACGCUUAAUGGCGCUGUCUUUUUGAAUCUGCCACUCCGUCGACGCCAGAUCUCGCGGAGCCGUUUCACCCUGGGAUGCUCCGUUCAGGCUCGGUCCGCCUCCUAGACGACGACUCGGCGAAAUGAUCCCAUCCAGGUUCAAGCCGCUGAUCAGCGAUGAAUCGUCGAACGAGAGCCAAGGGAGCAGCGACGAACAAGCUGUCACGAAAGAGGCCCUGGAGCAGCAAGCCGUGACCCAGUACCAAAAAGCCCUCAGUUUGGAAAGCGAAGGACAAUGGGAAGAGGCAGAACAGAUAUUGAGAGAUCUGCUCAAAUCAGACAUCAUCCUUCAGGAAGCAAAAGGCAAAAUUUUGGGCAAUGGGAACAUCCAGUCGUCAGUUGUACAUUUAAAAUAUUGCGUGACUAUGAAUUUGGGCCACUGUCUUGCAAAGCAGGAUAGAUUGAAAAAAAGUUUAAAGUAUUACAUUGAGGCUUCCAAAAUAGAUGUAUCAGACUUGAAUCUUUGGUACUGUAUUGGUACUACUGCCAUGCAAAUACACGAUUUGCAUUUAGCUGCCUCAGCUUUUGAAGAAGGGUUGAAAUGCAGUCCAAAUCAUUGGCCUAGUAUUGAUAAUUUAGUAACAAUCUAUUAUGCCCUUGGUGAUUAUUUGUCUAGUUUAUUUUAUAUUUAUAAAGGGACAAAAAUGGACACAGGGUUUCUAAAGGGUUACGCUUUCAAGGAAAAGAUCUUCCUUCAAUCUCCAACACUUAAAGAUGAUUUUAAUUUAUUUUAUCCUGAUUGUGAUUUACCUGAAACACCUCAUAAUAUUUGCCUGGAAUCAGAUGAUGUCCAGCAAAUGUACAAUGUUGCUGAAAAUCUCAUAGAUCAACAGCAAAAAAGGUGGAAGCCGUACAAAAUUCCCCCCGAGCCUCCUCUUCAGCCUGAGUGGUCUGUGAGAUUAGAUAGUUGGCUCAGACUAGGCAAAUGCCUUUUGUACCUUCUUCAAGUUGCUGAAGAAGAAUAUCCAGAAAAAAACUUAUUUCGAACUGUAAAACUUCAUGUCGAGAAAGGCUACGAUUCACCGGUUAGUAUAGAAGACGAAAGUUCAGGGGCUGAAGAGGCAAGAUCAAAAAAUGAAGAAGAAUUGAAUAGUGAUGAUAACGAGGAAGCAAAAGGACGUCUCUGGGAAAAAAUAUGCAACAACCAAAAUCAAAAAAGGAGAUCGGCGAGAGUGAGAAGUACUAUCAGAAGGGAAGAACCAAGUUUGAUGGAAUCAUUUUCUCAGAUCAUUCCUCCUGACCUACUGCCUAGGAAUUUUGGAAUAUUUCUUGAAGGUUGCUCUGAAGAUUCUAUGCACACGAUGGAUUUGUACAACAGAUGUUUCAGCACAGAAGAGAAUAACAAAGAUGAAAGAAUGGACAAGGUUACAAAGAAGCAAAGACAACAGUACAUAAUUGAUGAGGAAUACUUCAGUACACAAAAGGAGCUUGACGAUGUCGCCGAAUUUGUUAGAUAUUGUCAUUCCAGCAAAGACAGCAUAAUAGAUUUGUUGAAAAGGUUCACACUCAAACUCUCUCUCAAGUGGAAAUUAUACUGGCCUGAGAAAUUAGACAAAUUUUUCAUGAAAGCAUGCGCAGCUGUACUACGAUAUUACCCUGUGGCGAUGAGGUGCAAUGACGAGCCGCAAACAUUAAACGAAGAUAUCACCGUCUUACUCUACGGUGAACUUUUAUUAAACCUUUGGCUCGAGAAAGAGAAGAGUAAAGGAUACAUCAGUCCUUUAGGAGACACCGCACUUGGAGGAAAAUUUUCCACCCUUCAUUUUGGAAAAUUAAACGUACGUGCUGCGAAUUCUGAGGAUAUUGAGUUUUUCAUACGGUCCUAUUGGCUCGAAGGCUUGCUUUUACACCACUCUGGCGAUAACGAGUCAGCUGCUGUGGCUUUACAACAGAUUCUAGGUUACAAAAUGGCAGAAAACGUGGAAAUAAGAAUACCAAACAUAACCCAUCAUGCUAUUGUAAACAAGGAAAUUAUAUCGAAUUUAUUGAAAUCAUUUAAAAGAAAUAAGAGUCUAACUGAAAUUUGGAGACUGUACAAUGACGGUCACUACGAGGAAGUUACAGAAAUAUUAGCCGACUCUUUGAAGGUGAAUAUAGAUGAUAUGAAAGCAGAAGAGGUUGUCAUAUCGAGGCCCAUGCAGUAUUCUCUCAUCUUAGAUUCAUACUGGAAACAAUUGAAUUACAAGGAGUGUGUGAUAUGGACUGAGGCUUGUUUGCAUGAGAUGCUCAACGAAUAUCGGAUCUCAAGCGAUGAAGAAAGGCCGAAUGUAGCCACCCUUCUUGUCAAAGUGAUGCAAGGUCUAUUAGCUUGCAUUGACUCGAUGGGGUACUCAAUAUUUCGUUACUUGAGUUCAGAGAAACUCUCUAAACUGAUUCAAACAUUAAGUAGUAUAAUUAGCUUUCAAAUGGAAGUUCCUGACAACUCAUCGGAAAUGCCCAUUGAAAGUGUUGCACCUUGGUUGAUACUUCAUUAUAUUUUAAAAUUUGAUGAGGAUUCAAAGAAUAAAGUCUUCAACACAAAAAGAUCAUGUGAUGCCGAAGAGGAAGAAGAAUUGCCCUCUUCUUUAAGGAUUUUAUUCACAGGACAUGAUUACCUUGGAAGGAGAGCUUGGUGUUGUUUUGAUGAAGGAAACCUUCUCUAUCAUACUCUUAGAACGAUGUACCCUUUGUUGCAGACUCUCGAUCUUGAGAGUAAUAAUUAUGCCAAGCUGUCGCAGCAGACUGAACAGAUAUUCUAUUGUUUGUACGGCUUGCAGAAGAAAAACAAGGGGCGGUUGGUCGUGGAUCAUAAUGUACUUGGGCUUGCACUGAGCUGGAACCGGGCGCAGCAGGUGUUUAAAUUUUCCAAACCGAGAGAGUUGCCGUCUUAUGACAGUACUGGAAAAUGCUGUGUGACUCCGGACAAUGAAACACUUUUUUUGAAACUUAUUGAAAUCAUUCCACCCGAAAACAAUCCAAAUCGUUUGUUGUGGGAGAUGAAGAAAUAUGUAGAAAACGAUUUGAGUGAAGUACCUAAAAAUGACUGCCCACUCCCUGAUGAUAUUGCUGAUAUUUAUUAUCUUUUAGGUCACUACUACUUCAAAUCGAAAGCAUGGAUGAAAGCUGUUAAUUGUUUUCUGUUGGAUGUGUGUGCCAAUCCUACCCGCUUUGACUCCUGGGCGAGUUUGGCUUUGGCACGAGGAAGCCUGAUAGACAAUAAGUUGUAUUCUUGCAAGACAAUUGGAAAUAUUCAACAAUUUCUUCAAAUCGCUCGCUGUGUCUGCAAAUAUUUUGAGAGAUCCUUAGAACUAGAUCCUACUCAGAGUACAUUGUGGAUAGAACGAGGAACUUUUUCUUAUACUGUGCAUUCCUUUUGCUCCAAUGUUCUUAAGAAGAACCAUACUUUAAGUAUAGAAAUGUAUAGCACAAUUGAAAAACAAAAAGAUGAUUUGAUUGAAGCAGCGAGGGAAUGUUUUGUAGCGGCCAAUAAGCUUUGGUACACGACUGCAGAAGGUGAAAUCCAAGAUGAAAGAUGGCUACAUCAUUACAUGCUUGGAAAAAUAUCAAAGAAGACUGAUGGAAAACCGAACGUUUACAUGGACUAUUACAUAAAAUCAGCUGAACUUUUACAUGAAAUCGGUGCGACUUAUCCGUCACGGAUAAACAUAAACAACCCUCAACACUUAGCAGUCGAAGCCUUAGAGCUUUACUACCGAGCACAUGCAUGUAUAUUAAAGACACUGGAAGAAUUUGAAGAUCGGCCUUUGCCUGAAUCGACGAUAGAAGUUUUUAAAACUGUAAUAAACACGUUUGCAAUAAGUCCGUUUGUUCUGCAGGUGAAACAGUUUCCGAGGGUUGAGAGUUUAAAUAAACACAAAACGAGUGGAAGCAGCGAUGAAGAGGAAAGCUCUCAUCCAAAGGAAGAACAAGAGCCUAUAAUUAAAAACGAGAGCAAUCAAGGUUCCAAUUCUCAAAAACAAAAGACUUCAUCAGAUGAUAACAUUGAAGAGACAGAGCCGCAGAAAAAAAUCGUUUCUGCAGAGGACUCUUCUUCAGGUGAUAAAAGAAGCACUGUUCAGGUUGCCACGACUUCAGAGUCGAGUGACACUGUUAAGAACACCCAGGUUGAAACUAAUUCAGAAAUGGGUGGAUCUUCAAGCAGUUCAGAUUCUAAGGACAGCAAAAAUUCCUCAUCAAGUGAUUCUUCGAGUGACUCUAGUUCAAGUUCAUCUUCCUCGUCUUCUAGCUCUGAUAGCUCAUCAUCAUCAUCUUCUUCUUCAGACAGCGAUGAUGACAGUGAUUCUUCUUCAGCACCUGAAUCAAAAAAAUCAAAUAAUGAAGAAAGUAAGGAUGUCAUUGUAGAACAAUUGGAUACAGUUAGUUGGAAGAAAGAACAAGACGAGCUUGUUGACAAAUGUCUUGAUGCCCUUAGGCUUUGUUGUGCUAGAUUUCCCCAACACUACAAAAGUUACUACCAUCUUGCACACUUUUAUUUCAAGAGCAAGCGACAUAAAGACAUAAAUAAAGUAUACGAAUUCUUGCUAGGUCCUACUGGACUGUUUGCAUUAAGAAAACCUUCAAAUUUCUUCAACGGCAUAUGGAAAAUAGCCAAUAAUGAAGUGGAUAGACCAGGCAGCUUUGCAGCCCACAUGGGUAGAUGCAUGCUGCUGUUGCUUGAUUUUUUAAAAGAGACAAAAGAUUACAAAAUGCUCCUAGAUAUAUCGGUGCAACUGAAGGCGUUACCUGAUCCUGAUAAAAAAUAUCUGAGAGACAAUGAGAGAGAAGAGCUGAGUAAGGACGCAGCUGAACUUUGUGUCUUCUGCUUGAGAAGAAAGUUUCAAGAGGCUAGUGACAAUGAGUUAAAAAAUUUCAUGCUUGACCUCUCACAGAUCUAUAAACGUGUUGUGAAAAAUUCAAUGAAGGAAACUUCCUUCGGAAACUUGCUGAUGGAUGUUUACAACAAGUUAUACCCCAAUAAGGGUGAAAUAAAAUCAAUAGAGACAAUAUUACGCCACUGUCAACAAGAGCUUUCAUUGCUAAAGAUUGCAUCGAACCCUACAAUGCAGUUCCCUUCAAUCGGAAAUGCACCACUUUUGCUGAAUAAACAGGGCACACCUAGUGAUAUCACAUUGGAGAUUACGCCGAAUACAUCAAAUUUAAAAAAAGAUAUCGCACGAUCGGCGUAUGGAAGAAAACCCAGGGGCCGGCCACCUUUGUCAAGGCAGGGUUCUAGCAGAUUUCCUUUUCCAAGGAGUUAUUCUCAAGAUGCGUAUCCACCUCGUUUACCACAGAUUCCGAAUCCAGUCCCUGGCAGUCCAAUGGAUGAACUUUUCAAACAUUUUAAUCUUCCAGACCUGAAUAAAUCAAGUCAGCCAUCAGUGAUAACCCCGUCGAUGAAUCAACCUCCUAACUUGGAUUGUACGCCGAUUUUGAAGGAUCGCCCCAAUUUGUCCAUCACCCCUGUUAAACCCGCUGGGGCUAAUAAUAAUAAGGUGUCGAAUUCCAUGUCACUGUCUGUUACCAAAAUAACUGGUAAAUCUCAAAGCAAUCCAUCGACAAGCAAACCUAACAAUAUAUCUCAGAUAGCUCAACCGCAGAUGCAACACAAAACUUAUCAACAAUUUCAGAAGGCAGUACAAAAGACACAACAGCAAGUACAAAAGGUGCAACAAAUCCAAAAGACACAACAGCAAGUUCCAAAAUCACAGCAGCAAGUUCCAAAAUCACAGCAGCAUAAAAAUAUUGUUCAGUCAACAACAUCGAUACGCACAAAUCCUCAUUUACCAUUGACAGCCUCUCCUUCCUUUUCUCAGUUAAAUAUCACACUUCCACAAUCAAAAUCUCUGUCGAUAUCCCCUAUUCCAAGUCCCACUUCUCAACAGUCGAAGAAAUCACAGUUGUCACCUGUCAAUUCAAUUUCAAUCACCCCAAAACGCCCAUCAGUGGCUCACAGUUAUCCAGAUAAUUCUAAACCACCCCUGUUUCAUCCUGCUAAUCAAAUAACACAGCGGACGUCCAGUCCGAAAUUAUUAGCAUCGAGUUCGUCAAGCCAUAUGUCACAAAUUUCUCAAGCCAUGCCAAAUACGAUGGUGCAGAUGUCACAAUCGCAUAUAGCCCAGUUGUCUUCACAAAUAUCACAGUCUGUUCCACAGGUAUCGAAAACGGCACAAAUGCCACAAUCCUUGCCACAGCCGUUGAUGAACCCAGCGUUACCGUCACAGAUUAAGGCACAAAUACCUCAACAGAUGCCACCACACCCACUACCUAGUCAAUUGUCUUCUCCGCUCCACACCACUAAGCCUUCAGAGCCAAGUUUGCAGCAUAAAAUUUUAUCCGCCAAAAAAAUGGGUUCUCCCAGUUAUUCGAAACAUUCAUUGUUAGGACAGCCGAACAAUGGAAGUGGUUUAGGUGUAGACAUGUCCAUAAGAGACAAAAUGAAACAUACUUCUAGUUCCAGUAGAACUGAUUCACCAAAGCCGCCCAAAAUGGCAAAAUACAGCCAUUCUAAUACACCAAGCACAAACUUCCACAAUCCAUUACAAAAAUAUUCAGCCAAAGAAUUUCAAGAAUUUCUUGAUAGUGUAACUAUCAUCCCUACUUCUUCUAAGAAGGACCCCCUUCCUCCAUCCGUGUUGUCCAGCGAAAAAUCGAAAAAUUUCAAUCAGAUACCCAAAAGUUUAAACCCCGCUAUAGCAGGCGCCCUGUCGCUUUGUAGCAGUUUAACGAUAACUGCGACAAACACAGAAACGCAAAGGUACAAACCAGAAUUGCAUACAAUUCCCCACUCUCAUCAAGCGCCAUUGACAUAUAUGCCAAAAUCCCAAUUAGAAAAGAACCAGAAGAUUAAAGAAGGUGAAAUUAUUUGUAUAGAAGAAGAUGGAUAGCUAAGAUGAAUCGACUGUAAAUAAUUUGUUUGUAAUUAUGUAAAAUAUACGGUGUCUUUAGUGCCAACUUUUAUGUUUUUGUAAAAUGUAAUGUUCCAUUUAUAGUUAUUGUUAAUAGUACUGUAUAAGACAAAUUUGUGAUAUUUAUUUUUUAUGUACUAAAUU